AGAGCGGCGAAGCAUUAGGUCCCCUUCUCCAAGGGCACACCGGCUCCGUUUACGCUGUGACGAUCUUACGAAAUGGGCACCACAUUGUGUCCGGUUCAAAUGACAAGAGAUAUGAAGACUGGUGAGGCAGUGGGUGCCCCUUUCCAAGGGCACACUGGAAGCGUACUGUCUGUCGCAAUCUCACCCGACGACAAGCACAUUGUAUCUGGUUCAGAAGAUAAGACCAUCCGUGUAUGGGAUAUAGAAUUUCUUAACAAAUCCCACCUUUCCAAAGCGCCUGCGAUAUGCUUUUCAUCUAACCCAUCCUGCGCUCGUCUGUCUGCCUCCUUUCUCCAGGAUUCCUCAGCCCCAGUUUCUGUUGUCGCGAAUGAGGAUGGAUGGGUUGUAGGUCCUGACGGACAGCUUCUUCUCUGGAUCCCACACAAUUUCCACCCAGUGAUUUCUCCCGGUUCUCCCAGCUCUCCUGACGGGCCUGACAAGCGCAGAGAGCUUGACCUCAACGGUCCUAGCAAACCGGAGUUGCUAAGCAAGCAUACGGUGCUGGACUCCAACGGCCCUAGCAAACCUGAGUUGCCAAACAGGCGCACGGUGCUUGACUCCAACGGCCCUAGCACGCCUAACUUUCCAGACACGCUUCGGGGGUCCUGA